AUGCGUCUACAAACGACCUUGCUGCUUCUUGCAGCCCCCCUUGUAACUGCGAAAUCUGCAUCAGAAGAGCUUGACGAACGAUAUGAGCAGAUGAAAGCUUUGGUUAGCGAACUGGUCUCCGGCAAACCUCCAAGUUUUACUGAAUCUGUAUACUCUCGUUUAAACUCGUUGUAUACCCAACCUACCAUUGUUGCUAGAGCUACAGAUGCUGCCGCCGAUGCAUAUGGUUCAUUCACGAGAGCUGCGGCGGAUGUCAUGAUGACUCCUCCACCUGCUAUAGAGAGCUACUUGCAGAUUGCCAGCUCACAGAUCGCUGCUGCUGUCUCCGAGGCUUCUGUUGCAGUCUAUGGAUCAGAGACCGGUACUGUCGAAUCUGUUACCUCCAAGAUUGCUGAAAGGUAUUCUGAAGCUGCUGAGAAGGUUUCAGCUGCCGUUCACGGUCGUGAGCUGUCACCAGCCGAAAAGGUGCAGUCACAAGUUCAAGAUGCUCUUUCCACGGCUAAAACACAGAUCAGCGUUGCAAUCUACGGCACACCGAAAGGGACUUUCCAAAAGGUUACUGAAACUAUCGGAGGAACUGUUAGUCAGGCAACUGACUAUGUUGGAAACCGUGCUGCUGAGGCUGGUGAUGCCGUCAAAGAAGGUGCAUCUGCUGCUGGUGAAGCUGUCAAGGAGGGGUUUUCUUCGGCCAGCAGCUAUGUUGAUGACUCGGCGUCAUCGGCAUCGUCUGUUGCAUCCUCUUUGAAUUCCAGAAUCAGUGAUCAGGUCUCCGCCGCCUUUUAUGGAAGGGAAAAGACAUAUGCCCAAUCCGCUCAGGCAAGACUUGACUCUGCAUUGGAAUCCGCAAGAACACAGUUGAGCGAGAUGUUCUAUGGUACCGAGCUAAGCUUUGGAGAGAAGGUUUCGAUUACAUUGGCAGAGGCAUAUGCUCAAGCGACGGAUGUAGUUGGCGAGAAUGCAGCUGCAGUUACUUCUGUCGCUGGAUCGAUUGUCAACGAGGCUAGUAAGAGUAUCGAGAGUGCUGCCAGUGUGAUCAGUGAGAGUGCUUCUAGUGUCAUUAGCGGAACCUCGACACCAUUGGCUAGUUCUGUUUCAAGCGCUGCGUCGAGUGCUACGGAGAAAGUAAAGAGCGCGGCACAACGAGUUCGGGAUGAACUUUAG